GCUGGGACUUCAAUAAUAAUGGGAAAACAUGGAUGGAUCAUGAAAUUGACUGCUCUACGUUUCUUCUUGGGCGGCAUUGAAAAUUACAUUAUUGCACCUACAGCAUGGUACUACGUCAGAUCGUUUGGUCAAAGCAAGUUUUUCUUGGCUUUAGUCCUAAUUUCGUUCAACAUUGGGGCUAUCAUUGCUGGACCUCUAUUUGGAUUCCUAACCGAUCGAUUUGGAAAUCCCAGGUUUAUAUUUAUUUGUUCUAAUGUACUCAAGUUCGUCGCUAGUGUGAUGUACAGUAUUAAUCUGAGUGCAUAUUUCCCCCUUUUUGCAAGGUUAAUAACAGGAUUAGAUGGGGGUUUGGCAAUCCUCCUGGGACAAAUUGCAUUACAGAUCGACGAAGAAAGUCGUGGAAAAAGCUUUCUAUUCUUUGAAAGUGUGUACUGUCUUGGUUCUGCAAUUAGUCCUGGAAUUGGAAGUUUUAUCUCAUUUCGCAUCAAUAUACUUGGUUGGGAUAUAAAUGAGGGCAAUUCACCUGGAAUUGUGUUGGCAAUAAUAUGGCUUCUUUUCCUUAUUUUUUCACUGUUCAUACCUGGAACUAUGUGGGUGGAGACAGGUACUCGUAUUGAGGAAUUGAACUUUAAUAUUAGUGCCUAUGAAGAUGAAAAAAGAUCCAGUGAGUACGAUCAAGAUGGCGGCCAAAGAUUGAGUGAAGACUAUAGUUCAGAGAAGAAGCCUAGAAUAAUGUGGGAUUCAAGAAUGUUUUGCUUGUUAUUCCUGAUAUUCACCAACAUGGGAUUUUCAAGUACGUCCACAUUUUAUGCACCUAUAUUGGCGUUGGAUUAUUUACAUCUAAAACUUAUUCACACCAAGUUGAUAUUCCUGAACUGCACCAUAUUUACACUUCUGGUCUUUACCUGUUUUCAUAUGUUGAAGAACGAAAACUCUUUGCAAUUGCCUUGUUAAUGCAACUUUUUUCCAUCUCAUUUCUCACUUAUCUGGCUUUCUCCUGGGGUCACGUAACUGAUGUUCAAUACUAUAUUUUACUUUUAUACGUUUGUCUGGGUAUGCCAUAUUUUGCGUAUCCUUUCGGAAAUUCAAUUAUUUCAAAGAUCACCGACCCUCAGUUUGCGACACGUAUUCAAGGAUUAUCCUUAGCAACUACACAUAUCUCCUUUGUAAUAUGUCGGGUUGUUGUCAGUUUUGUGUUCACCAAAACGAGUUUGAUAUAUUUCUGUUUUGCCUUGAUUAUCUUGUGGUUGGUUGGUAUUAUAUGGUAUGGUAUGCUUUACAAAAGAAUGGCUCUCCGUGACUAAAGGAAUAUUUAUGUUGGAUAUUAAAG